AUGCCAAAUCGCAAAACAUACCUUAGGCAAAGUGAGAUGCCAGAUGAGGAAGCAAAUGUAAAUAAUAGAAUUUUUAGUAAAACUAAAGAGUGGAAAGUUAGUAGAUUCAAUGGCUCAGAAGAUAUAACUGAGUAUUUUUGUCAAUUUGAAAUAACCGCAAAAGUAAAUAAGUGGACAUCACAAGAAAAAGCACUAUCUCUUUUGCACGCACUAGAUGGGAAAGCAAGAGGUGUAUUUCACGAAUAUCCAGAUAUUGAUACAGUCACGUAUAACGAGAUUAAAGAGCUGUUGUUUAAACGAUUUGGACCAUCAAACUAUUCAGAAACACACGAGUAUAGUUUAUCGCAGCUUAGAUUACAAAAAGAUCAGAACAUUCGAGAUGUGUCUUAG